CCACGGUCACGCGUCACUAUCACCCAGGGAGCGGGCCAACACAGCGCCGCAGCGAGUCGAACGAGCGAGCGAGCGACACGGGCCGGCGUACGACCGGGGAGCAGUGACGGCAACAGCGAGGUACUGCGCAGGAGACGGGUGUGCCGAGAGCAGCGAACGACGCAGAUAACUACUACAGCCUGCCGCCGGCAGCCGCUGAGCCGCCGCCAUGGGCGCCAACAUGGGCAAGGACCGUGACAAGAGCUGGGAGGUCGCCACGCUGGACGAGCACGAGGCGUGUAUCAACGUGCUGUCGGUGAGCGAGGACGGCUCGAUGGUGAUCACCGGCUCGGAUGACUGCACCGCGCGCCUCUGGUGUACCACCACCGACAAACAGAUCGGCGUGCUGGAGAAGGGCCAGAAGAGGUCCAACCAGCCGCCCGAGGCCGCCAGCGGUCACCUGGAGCCAAUUUCGGCUAUCGGCCAGGUCAGGGAUUUCGUCAUCACUGGCAGCUACGACCACACCAUCCGCAAGUGGGACAUGGUCUCCUGCAAAUGCCUCAAUGUUUACACCGGUCACACGGACCGCGUGCUGAAGCUACUCGUGUCGGACAAGUACAUCUUCUCGGCGUCGACCGACAAAACGUGCAAACUGUGGCGGCUCGAGGAGGAAGAUGAGGACGAGGACAUCGAGAUCUGCCUGAGGACGUUCGAGGGACACACGGCUCCGGUGCGGUCCAUCUGCUACAUCCAGGGCGAUGAGCAGGAGGACGCCAAGAAGAAGAAGACCAGGAUCAACGAGGACGGCGAGGAAGAGGAGGAGGAAGAGGACGAGGACGAGGAAGAGGAGCCCGAGUGCGAGGACGGCAUCAACCGCCUGGACAUGGUGAUCACGGGGUCGUUCGACGGCACGGCUCGCUGCUGGUCCAUGGAGCGAGGCAAACAGAUCAAGAUUUUCAAGGCCAACCGCGGUCCGAUUUCGUGCAUGACGAUCGAUGACGAGGGCAAGCUGCUGUACACCGCCCACUCGGACACCAUCUGCGAGUGGGACAUCGAGAAGGGCGUCCGCACAUCCACCAAACUGAUGCGGGGCCACACCAAGGACAUCACGUGCAUGCAGCUGGUGAACAAGCUGCUGUACACCGGCUCGGUGGAUGCCGACGCCAAGUGCUUCGUCACCGAGUUCGGCGACUGCACGCGCACCUACACCGGCCAGACUAACACCAUCAGCUGCCUCAAGUUCCACCAGGGCAUCCUGUUCACGUGCAGCUCGGACGGCGACGCGCGCGCCUAUGACGCCAAGUCGGGCAAGCAGAAGCGGGUGUACAGCGGCCACCAGCGGGGCAUCACCUGCAUGUGUGUGGUGGACAAGAAGCUGUACACGGGCGCCGACGACGGCCAGCUGCGCGUCUGGGACGCCGACGUACCGUCGUGGAGUGAGGAGCUGACGCGACCGCCGACCCGGCAGAGCGCCGUAUCGCCGGUCCCGGAACCGGAGCCGGCCUCGGCGCGGCAGGCCGCUUAGGCGGGCCGCGGACGACACGGGUGCCGCUCUGGCUGGAUAUCGCCUCCAUGGCCGAGAUGGAGAACGAGCGCGCUGCCGAGGAGGCCGCGGGCGCCGUCCGCGCCCCGUCGGCCGCCGCCGCGCAGAUGGCAGCCGCCUAGAUGGCAGCACAGGCCCGAUAACGUCACCGCCCUACAGAGGAAGGGCAGAGGAAACUGCGAUCCUGACGAAGUAGAUUACAGAGGAACUGUGUGUUUUGUCGGUUGCCCCUCACUCUGCUGUAAAUGUCGAGUUUCUCCCAGCCCUAAUUGUGUCCCGGUUCCACCCACUUCUCGUCAACUCAUCGGCUGUUCUUCUCGUCUCCCGCCUUUCCGCCCACCUCCCGCCAUUUCCUCACCUCCCGUCGUUCUGCUAAUCUCCCGUCGUUCCCGAAGCCUACAGCUGCACGGCGCUGUCCUCAGCGAGCUGAAUGAUAUUCGCGUUCGAUCUCUACAGAGCUCCAUAUAUUUUGAAACGUAAUGUUUGGUCUACCAAAUAAAACCCAUACGUAUUUGGAACGGUUGUGCUCAAACUGACUGUUCAAUACACCGAAUGGUAUAUA